AUGGAAUCUGGCACGAAGCUAUCAAAAAAUGGAGAAGGGGAUCAUGUUGAUGCAAACAAAUAUCGAAGCUUGAUUGAGAGUCUCAGGUACUUAACAAACACGAGGCCAAACCUUAUGCUCAACAUAGGAGUCACAAGUCAUUUUAUGGAGGAGUCAAGGUAUUCUCAUUGGAAAGAAUUGAAGCGGAUACUAAGGUAUGUAAAAGGAACUAUGUCUAUCCGAUUAUGGUAUACUAAGUCGGACAAUUACCGACUUAGUAAGUAUUUAGACAAUGACUGGUGUGGAGAUGUGAAUGAUCGAAAUAGCACAGUAUGCUAUGUCUUCAUUGUGGGAGAUACAACAUUCACUUGGCUCUCAAGGAAGCAACCUAUAGUUGCACUACCCACGUGUGAGGCUGAGUAUGUGGCAACAUCUUGGAGUGUCUUGCAUGCAAUAUGGUUGAGAAACAUAUUGAAGAAUUUUGAGAUAAUGCAAGAGGAAAAUGUGUUAAUCCGAUUAGACAAUAGAUUAACAAUCGACUUGGCAAAGAACCCAAUCAACCAUGAGAGAAGCAAACAUGUUGACGUCCGUUUCCAUUUUAUUCAGAAAAAGAUGAAGAAAGGAAGCGUGAAACUUGAACAUGUAAAGAGCAAGAAGCAAAUAAGUGAUAUAUUCACAAAAGCAUUACCUACAACGUCAUUUCAAAAAUUAAGAAAGUUGAUCGGGAUGAAAGAAGAAAAAAUUUGA